UGACUGCAAUGCACUGAUUUUUUCCUCUGCCAUGCCACCCUGCCUUGGAGUCAGCCAACUAUGGAUUGAAACCUCUACAAACUGCAGUACAUGGUGCUGGUGCCCUCCUGGCUCCACACUGAAGUACCUGAGAAAAGCUGUCUCCACCUGUGCCACCUGAAUGAGACAGUGACUGUAAGUGCUUCCUUGGAGUCCAGUGUGGGAAACAGGAGCCUGUUCAGUGACCUCGUCAUUGACAAGGACUUGUUCCAGUGUGUUUCCUUCACUUUUCCUCUCAUUUAUAUUGAGGACCCCCAAACAAAUCAAAUUAUGCAAUGGUGGGAUAUUACAUCAGAGAAUGGAAUUAAACAAUUGUCCUUCAGUCUGUCAUCAGAGCCCAUUCAGGGUUUCUACAAGAUCAUGGUCCUAAAGCAAUCAGAAGCAAAGAAAGAACACUUCUUCAGUGUGGAAGAAUAUGUGCUCCCCAACUUUGAUGUGCAAGUAAAGUGUCCGAAGACUGUCUCAUUCCUGGAUAAAGAAGUGAAUGUGACAGUGUGUGGAAUAUACACCUAUGGGAAGCCUGUCCGAGGACAUGUGAAGUUAAAUAUAUGCCGAAAAUAUCUUGUCGACUAUUUUUUUGGACCUCUGUAUGUUUAUUUCUCUGGCACAGGCACCGGAUGUGAGGAAAUCAGUCAAGAGCUGGACAGCCAAGGCUGCAUCACACAACCAGUAAUGACCUAUGUGGACUUAGUAGAUUGGCAGUUGGCUCAAGUUGCUGUUCUUCAACUGAAUGCCAAGAUUAUAGAGGAGGGGACAGGGUUGGAAUUCACCAGAACUGGGACGACUGAAGUUAACAAAGUCAGAAUCAAUCUUGUACUUGUGCAAAAAGAUUUUUACUUCAGACAAGGGAUUCCAUUUGUUGUGCAGGUAAAGUACUUCCUGAUUCCCAGGUAUUUAAAUUGUGCUGUAGCAUCAAACAACACAGACCUUUCUGCUCAGGAUGUGACCUGGUCAGAACUAUUGAUGGUAGGGCAGUGGUGGAGCUCAGUGGUAGAGCAAAUUCUUAGCAUGUACCAGGAUCUGACUUCACCUCGUAGCAUCAUCAGUACAUCUGAUACUGUUAGUGCAUGUGAUGAAGGCAUGGGCUACAUCAUAAAUGAUGUAGUGAUGGAACUCUGGGAAAACAUGGCCCAGCACGGCACAGCUGGUUCUAGUGCUCUGAGAACAAGAAGGUGUCAUGGGCCAGGCUGCCCUCACUGUGAUCAAGGGCUUUCCCUUGGGAACAGGACUUGGCCUCCGCAGUACCCGCACUGGAACCCAGAAUUCACAGCUUCUUGCAUUGUUCUAUUACAGGUACGCCUUGAGGACAGAAAAGGAGUUCCUAUUGCAAAUGAACAUGUCUUCCUCCAAGUGUAUGCAAGAAACUCUUACACCACCAAUGCUACCACUGAUGAGCAUGGCCUGGUAGAGUUCUCCAUCAACACCACUGACAUUAAGCUUUUCUCCUUCACUUUCAAAGUCUACUACAAGGAGCAGGGUCUUUGUUUUAAGGACUAUUGCACUCAAGAAGAACUCAGAGAACUUGUUUAUAGUGUGGAUCAGGUUUUCUCCUUCACCAAGAGCUUUGUCUACCUUGACCCUGUGCCUGGAGCCUUACACUGUGGCCAAAUCCAUACAGUUCAUGCACAUUACACUCUGAAUGGACAGAUCUUGGGGGAGCUGAGGAAGAUGGUCUUCUAUUGCCUGAUCAUGGCCAAGGGCAGCAUCAUUCAAACUAGGACCCAUGCUUUCCUCAUAGAACCAGGAGAACUGCAAGGCCACUUUAACCUGUCCAUCCCUAUGGAGCCAUACAUGGCUCCCGUCUCUCAAAUGCUCAUCUAUGCCAUUUUACCCAAAGGGGAAGUGAUCGCAGAUUCUACAAAAUUUAAGAUUGUGAAUUGUCCUUUAAGCAAGGUGGGUUUGAGCUUCAGCUCAGCACAAACUCUCCCGGCUUCACAAGCCCACCUCCAAGUCACAGCUGCGCCUCAGUCGCUCUGCGCCCUGCGGGCCGCCGUGGACCAAAGCGUGCUGCUCCUGAGGCCCGAGGCCGAGCUGUACGCGUCCUCGAUAUAUAACCUGCUAAGUAUGAUGGACAAUGACUUCAUUCCAUGUUUAAAUCAUGUGGCAAAUGACCCAGAAAACUGUCAGAAUGAUGAACAUGGAAAUUUUGAUAAAAUCUCAUAUUCACAAUUAUGCAAAUUUGCCAAGGAUGCUUUCGGUUACAUAGAGAGCAUGGGCUUAAACACAUUCACCAACUUAAAGAUCAGAAACCCUAGAUUAUGUCUUGACAACACAUUAUCCCCGAUAGCAGGUAAAAUAACAAAUCAGCUUGUUCUGAAAGAAUGGAAAAUGAAUUAUUUAGCAAAGAUGAUGACAAUGCCUGUUAUGUUAUCCCACAAUGAGAUUCUUGUGGAAGGAUCUGAAAAGCCAUUCACCAAGAGUGUGAGAAACUACUUUCCUGAAACAUGGAUCUGGGACUUGAUAGUGGUGAACUCAUCAGGCGUGGCUGAAGUAGGAGUCACAGUCCCGGACACCAUCACGGAAUGGAAGGCAGGGGCCUUCUGCCUGUCCAGUGACAGCAGACUUGGCCUUUCCCCCACUGCCUCCCUCCGAGCCUUCCAGUCCUUCUUUGUGGAGUUCACGAUGCCUUACUCUGUGGUCCGUGGCGAGGCCUUCACACUCAAGGCAACUGUAGUGAACUACCUUCCCGACUGCAUCCGGGUGAGUGUGCAGCUGGCAGCUUCUCCUGACUUCACGGCUGUCCCAGUAGAGAAAGACCAAGAUUCUUAUUGCCUGUGUGCGGAUGGGAGGCAAACUGUGUCCUGGCUGGUGACUCCCAAAUUGCUGGGGAAUGUGAAUUUCUCUGUGAGUGCGGAAACUCGACAGUCCCCAGAGCUCUGCGGUAAUGGGGUAGCCACGGUCCCUGAAGCCGGGAGGAAAGACACUGUUGUCAAAGGCCUGUUAGUUGAGAAUGACUAUGCCAUCUGCCCAUCUGCCUGCUUAAACAUCUCUCAGCCUGAAGGAAUCAAGAAAGAAUAUAAAUUCAAUUCAUUUCUGUGUGCAUCAGAUGCUGGGAAAUCUGAAAAAUUAUCGAAGCUCCCACCAAAAUUGGUGAAAGAUUCAGCCAGAGCUUAUUUCUCUGUUUUUGGUGAUAUAUUAAGUUCUUCCAUAAAAAAUAUACAGAACCUCCUCCAGAUGCCCUAUGGCUGUGGAGAGCAGAACAUGGUCCUGUUCACUCCCAACAUCUACAUACUGAAAUACCUGAAUGAAACCCACCAGCUGACUCAGAAGAUCAAGUCCAAGGCUAUUAGCUAUCUCUAUUCUGGUUAUCAGAGAGAACUGAACUACAAACACCCAGAUGGCUCCUACAGUGCCUUUGGGCAUCAAGAUUAUAAGAAUGAAGGCAACAUUGGUAAGAAAAGGGCACCAUGUGCCAGGCCCUGUACAAUACUUGUGCUUCGUAACCUCCCCACAGGAGAUUUUAUGAGCCUCAUUAUGGACAGGUGGCUAGAUAGAUGGAUAGAGAGACAGAUUGGAAAAGCACUGGUAUGUCUAUCCCAUAGUCUCUAUGGUCAUUUCAGGACCCCCUAGGAACACUUUUCCCAGAGUUCACAGCACCACUGUUCUUCCUCAUAGCAUCCUAUUGUCAGCAAAGCACUGAUCUGCCUGAAUUCAACCUGGGAAACAACAAAGGAGGUGACUAACGGCAGCCAUGUCUACACCAAGGCACUCUUGGCAUACGCAUUUGCCCUGGCAGGAAACCAGGAGAAGAAGAAAGAAAUACUGAAAUCAAUUGAUGAGGAAGCCGUGAAAGAAGAAGAUAACUCAGUUCAUUGGGAGCGACCUCAGAAACCCAGAGAACCGGAGAGAUAUUUGUACCAACCCCAGGCGCCCUCUGCGGAGGUGGAGAUGACGGCCUACGUCCUCCUCGCUCACCUCACAGCCCAGCCAGCCCUGACCCAGGAGCUGACUUCCGCAGCGCGCAUUGUGAACUGAGUCACAAAGCAACAGAACUCCCAGGGCGGCUUCUCCUCCACCCAGGACACAGUGGUAGCUCUCCAUGCUUUGUCCAGAUAUGGAGCCGCUACUUUUUCCAGAACUGGGAAAAUGUCUUCGGUGACAAUCCAGUCUUCAGGGACAUUUUCCACAAAAUUCCAAGUGGAGAACAGUAAUUGCCCAUUGCUGCAGCAGGUCACAUUACCAAACAUUCCAGGGGAGUACAACAUAAAUGUGUCAGGGGAAGGAUGUGUAUACACUCAGACAGCUUUGAAAUACAAUGCGCUCUUGGAGAAGGAAGACUCUGGCUUCGCUCUUGAAGUGCAGACAAUACCUCAGACUUGUGAUGGUCCCGAAGCCCACAUGAGCUUCCAGAUUUCACUAGAAUUCAGCUACACAGGGAGAUGCCCAGUCUCUAACAUGGUGAUCGCUGAUGUAAAAAUGGUAUCUGGUAAUAUCCCACUGCCUCCCACUGUAGGUACCAUGCUUGAAAGAUCUGGCCCUGUGAACAGGAAGGAAGUGAACAACAGCAAUGUCUUGAUUUAUGUGGAUCAGGUUACCAAUCAGACACUGAGCUUUGCUUUCACUGUGGUGCAAGACGUUCCUGUAAGAAACCUGAAGCCUGCUCUUGUGAAGGUCUAUGACUACUAUGAGACAGGUGAAGCAGCUUUUGCUGAAUACAGCGCCCCCUGCAGCACAGAUUUACUCCAGGCAAGAAUGAGGUCCCAGGACUUUGCGCUGCACCUUGUACUUGCAUUGAACAACAACAAAAAAUGACAUUCUAAUGGAGGAGACAGGAUAUUGUAGAAUUGGGAGCGAUUCAAAACGGCUUCAAGGAUACAGAACCACAGGCUGUGCAGAGUAUUGUAAUGGUGAUCUGAGAAAGCUUUACCUGCACAGAAAACUUUGUUGAUGGAUGGAUGACCGAGAGCAAGAAUGUCAUGCAUAUUUGGGUGUGGUUACCUCAGAGAAGAUAGGAGUGGUCUUGGAUGCCACGCAUUGACGUAGACUUGCCAGACUAGACAGGAAUUUCAACUCCCCACAACAGUGCAAACAUGGUGUAGUACACACAUGUACUAGCACAAUUAAAAAAAAUGUUAAAAAUAAAAAAGUAAAAAACGGGGCUGGGGAUUUAGCUCAGUGGUUCCGCUACCUGCCUCGAAAGCGCAAGGUCCCGAGUUUGAUCUCUGGUACCAAAAAAAAAAACACAACAAAAAAGUAAAAAACAAAUUAAUCAUAGCACAUAUGUCAUAACAUGAUUAUAUGGAAUUACAUAAUAUCAACAAAAUGGCUAGAACAGUGCAUAGCAUACGGUAGACACCCAGUUUGCUCUUUAAAACAAUUAAGUUGACCCUUCUACUUCAUUCGUGCUACUACAUCUUCUUGUAUCUUCAGAAACCUUGUCUCCGUUUGUGUUUAUCACUUCCCCACUAACUUCAGAUUCUCUCUGACACAUGGAAUUGACAUUCAGAGGUUAUUUGAAGGCAGACAAAUGGUAAAUUGUAAAUUUAGGACUGGAAGUCAAGCCAACUAAUUUCCAACUCACUGAAAAUGCCACAUCUUUCUUCCUCCCACCUUAACUUAUUUUGUUAACAAAAAACUAAAAAUUGAAAUUCCACUUGACCCAGCUAUUUCCUUUCUAGGUAUCUUUUCCCAAAAGUUAAAGACAUCAUAUCACAGUGAUACAUGCAUACCCAUGUUUAUAGCAGCCCUUCAUAAUAUCUAAAUCCUGGAAGC